AUGGUGGACAGGGUUUCCCCUAUGCGGGCGGGGGAACUGUGGAUGGUGGAAAAUGCAAAAACUGCUAGGAGUAUGCGGAGGUUCCCAUAUAUGCUCAGAGGCGUCGCCCCAGGAGCCACUCCCAGCGACGUCCGUAACUUUUUAUCAAAGAUUGGCCAGGUCAAGGAAAUGUAUUUGCCUGUUCAUCAUUUGGAACGCACUCCUCGUUCGUAUUGCUUCUUCGAUUAUGAAAAAGAGGCAGACGGGGAGAGGGCGAUGAAGGAGUUGAACAACCAAAUGUUCAUGGGUGUCCGAGUGACAGUUCAACUGGCGAACAGCGAUCCGAAGACCCCAGAACAAAUGCGCGUCAUUUAUGAGAGGAGAGAUGAAGAGUAG